AUGUCUCAGAAUCAUCCUCAUCGUAGGAUCCAAGUGCCCAGCGAUGCACCAUUCGAGUUGAAGCCCUCACCGGGGAAAGGAUUGGGUGUUUUCGCCACCAGACGAAUUAGUGAAGGAGCUAUGGUCUUGAAAGAGAAGCCAUUGUUCAUCAUCUGGAAGCCACAUGAAGAGAUCAGGGAAGAGGAUAUCCGGACAGCAUUUCAACAGUUAGCACCAACCCAGAAAGGCCAAUUCCUCUGCCUCCGCGGUAACGCCUCAAAACCUUUCAAGAAUAUGAGUAGGGUCCUUGCAGAGAAAUCCUUCGCGCUAUCAAACAGCGUCAACGAUCAGCGCAAGGACUCUCCAAGUCACGGCAUGUUCCUCCUCCACUCUCGCUUCAACCACUCGUGUAUACCCAACUCCAAGAUCCCAACCAGCGACGAAGCGAGUCAAGAGACCCUCACAAGUUUCGCAACUAGGAAUAUCGUUGCGGGUGAAGAGAUCACGUUGUGUUAUAAUACAGAUUUCGAAAUGAGGACCCGCCUUGAUCGCCGUCAAGAGCUGCGUUUCGUCUGCGAUUGCAAAGCCUGUCUUCCCGGCACGCUCUUCCAACGACUCAGCGAUAUCCGGAGAAGCCUUAUUCGAGGACUACAGUAUCUUACGCUGGGGAAAGAUUUGGAUGGACGGCGACAGGAUUCUGAUGCGUCGCCGAUUAUCUUUCACGGUGGAUUGAAGAGAGCAGCAGAGGAGUUCAAGAUUCCUCUUUCGGACAGGUUCGUUUUCAUAUUCUGA